AUGAACCCAGGUGACAUUUAUCGUCCACCCACUUCUGGUCCUUACUCUCCCACUGGUCCUCGACCAUUACCCACAUCCAACACCUAUCCUCAAGCUCAACAAUUCUCAAAUCCAUACGAAGAUCCACCUCCUAUCCAACAUCAACCUCAACCAUUCCCCGUUUCUCAAACUCAACCCUUCCCCUCCAGACCCUCCUUUGGUUCUCAACCCAUAAACCAUCCUGGUGAUCCAUUUCGAAACCCACCCGAAGCUCCUCUUUGGCAUAGUCCAGAAGGUUCUCAUCAUUAUCCUUCAUUACCCCCCACGUCCCCAAUCGCAAUGCAACAAAUUGGAGGUCCUCUAUCCCCACGUAAUAGACCUCAUUCCGGACCACAACCACAAUAUCAAACCUCUCCUCCUCCAAGAACAUCAAUAGUAGAAAAUCCUUUCUUACCUGAUCAUGGUAUGACUUCACCUCCACCUCUCUUACCUCAUCAAAGUUCGGAAUAUCCUUAUCCACCAAGGAUGAGUAUAGGAGGAUCACAAUCUUAUGUGGGUCAUUUGGAUGAUGACGCAAAUGAUUCUGCACCACUCCUUUCUCAUGCUCACCCUGAUUCUUCUUUAGUAGGAGGAAUGGGCGCGAUUCCUACUUCUCAUUCGGCAAUGUCUAUGAGACCGGAUUUAUCAAGGGUCAGAUAUCAAUUAAGUGAUGCCGGUAGUCAAAUACCAUUAAAUGGAAUGGGUGGAAUGGGAGAGAGUGAUGUGGGUGUACAAGGUUACGGGAAUGAGAAUGGAUAUGAAGGUGAUGAACCUUCGAACGUUCAUUAUGGUCCGAUACCUACCAGAAUUUUGAGGAGGAAUAGGACUCAGAAGAGGGUACAACUCUUUCAAGGUCAUCUCGUUCUUGACAUUGACGUCCCCUCUCUCUUGUUGGACAAAUGCAGUCUCAGAGAUGGUAACGAAUUCACCAAAAUGAGAUAUACCGCUGUCACUUGUGACCCUAAUGAUUUUGUCGAAGACAGAUAUACACUUCGGCAGAAGCUUUAUGAUCCUCCCAGACAGACAGAAUUAUUCAUUGUCAUCACGAUGUAUAAUGAAGACGACGUUCUAUUCUGCCGUACUAUGAGAGGUAUCAUGCAGAACAUUGCGCACCUAUGUACGAGGUCAAAGUCCAAAACAUGGGGAAAAGACGGUUGGAAGAAGGUGGUCGUUUGUGUCGUGGCGGAUGGAAGAUUGAAGAUCAAUCCAAGAACGAGAAGCGUGCUGGCCGCGCUCGGGGUGUAUCAGGAGGGUGUAGGGAAAAAUGUCGUCAAUGGAAAACCUGUCACUGCACACUUGUACGAGUAUACUACACAAUUGUGGAUCGAUUCUGGAGGGAGAAUCGAGCCUGGAGACAAGAGCAAGCAUGUUCCUGUACAAAUCAUCUUUUGUCUCAAAGAGAAGAAUCAGAAAAAGAUCAAUAGUCAUCGAUGGUUCUUCAACGCAUUCGGUGCUUGCCUUCGACCAAACGUUUGCGUCUUACUUGACGUCGGCACGCAACCAGGUCCAGAUUCAGUCUAUCAUCUCUGGAAAUCCUUCGACAUCAACUCCUCUGUGGGUGGAGCAUGUGGAGAGAUCGUAGCUCUCAAAGGUCUCUUCUGGCGUAAUCUCAUCAACCCUCUCGUCGCGGGUCAAAAUUUUGAAUACAAAAUGAGUAACAUUCUAGAUAAACCUCUGGAAUCAGUAUUUGGGUAUAUCACCGUCUUACCCGGAGCCUUUUCAGCCUAUAGAUAUAUCGCUUUGCAGAAUGAUGAGAAGGGUAAUGGACCUUUGAAGCAAUAUUUCAUUGGGGAAACCAUGCACGGGUCGGGAGCGGGUAUUUUCGCUGCAAAUAUGUAUUUGGCAGAAGACCGUAUCUUGUGCUGGGAAUUAGUUAGCAAAAGGGGUUGUAAAUGGAAGCUACAUUAUGUCAAGUCAGCAUACGCCAUCACAGAUGUUCCCGAUGCAGUACCCGAACUGGUCUCUCAGCGUCGAAGAUGGCUUAACGGAUCUUUCUUUGCAGCUAUACAUUCCAUCGUCCAUUUUGGUUACCUUUACCGAUCAUCACAUUCUGUGUUGAGGAAAUUCUUCUUGCAUAUUGAAUUGAUAUAUCAAACGAUCAAUUUGAUAUUCUCUUGGUUCGCUCUGGGGAACUUUUACAUCGCCUUUGUUGUGCUUACUAACUCUCUGGAAACAUUGUCAAAGAAUUGGAGAUACGCAAAUCUGCCCUUACAGUACCUCUAUGUUGCUCUUCUUCUCCUAUGCUUCCUCCUCUCAUUGGGUAAUCGACCUGCAGGAUCCAAAAUAGGGUAUACAAUCAGUAUGAUCGGUUUCGCCCUUCUGACCAUUUAUAUGUUGUUCGCCGCAGUCUACCUCGCCGUAGCGGGGAUAGAAAAUGUCGAACAUUCCGGUCCAAUCACAGCCGAUACAGUAUUUGGGAAUAAGAUUUUCCGUAACAUCAUUUUAUCACUCGCUGCUACAUAUGGUCUAUACAUUCUCGCUUCCCUCCUCGCGCUUGAACCUUGGCAUAUGAUCACUUCUUUCAUACAGUAUCUCUUAUUGGCGCCAUCGUAUAUAAACGUGAUGAACGUUUAUGCGUUUUGUAAUGUUCAUGAUGUGUCCUGGGGUACAAAAGGCUCCGACAAAGUCUCUGAAGAUCUUGGAGUUGUCAAAUCCCAUUCGGAUAAUAAGAACGAAGUAACGGUCGACGUACCUGUCGAACAGCAAGAUAUCAACGAAGUGUACGCUGCGGAAUUAAAGGUUUUGGCAAGUAAGGCUCCUAAAGAAGAACAUAACAUUUCUGCGGAUCAAAAGCAAGAAGAUUAUUACAAAAACUUCCGAACAAACGUCUUACUCGCGUGGACAAUGUCAAAUGGAGCCUUGGUAGCUGCUAUCCUGCAACCGUCCGGAGGGUCCAGCUCUCUGGCUACGACUUACAUGGGUAUUUUGUUAUUUACCGUCGCGGGUCUUGCGUUCUUCAGAUUCGUAGGGUCUACUUCUUAUCUCAUCGUGAGAUUGUUUGCUGGAGAAUGAGUGAGGGGGAUAUCCCAACAAGAUCGUAUGAUGCAUACUUUGUCCAAUGU